CUCCCCUUUUCUCAAGUCCCCAACCCACCCCAUUAAAUAUGCACACCCGCUAGCUACUACUAUUUAUCUACAUUUCUAUCUCCCAUUUUCACUUUCUCGAGAAAAGAAAAGAAAAUAAAAGAUCAGUGACAAGAAAAACACAACACAGCUGUUUUUUUCUCUCUCUAAACGCAGUGUCUUUCCAAGUAUAGAAUAAAGUGCCAGGGUCAGAGAAAUAGGAGAAAAAAGGCCAUUGCUUUGUGAAGCCACAACAGAGGAGGUUGGUUUUUGGUCAUGGGUUUGAAACUUGUAAUGUAUAAGGUGUUGGUGGUGGUGCUGGUGUUAUUGUGUUCAUGGGUUUCUGGUGGCACAGCCUCUGUUUCAUAUGACAGUAAGGCCAUCAUUGUUAAUGGGCAAAGGAGGAUCCUUAUUUCUGGAUCCAUUCACUACCCAAGAAGCACUCCUGAGAUGUGGCCGGAUCUUAUUCAGAAGGCAAAGGAAGGAGGUUUGGAUGUUAUACAGACCUAUGUUUUCUGGAAUGGGCAUGAACCUCAACCUGGCAAAUACUAUUUUGGGGGAAGGUAUGACCUGGUUAAGUUUAUAAGCCUGGUGAAGCAAGCAGGUCUAUAUGUUCAUCUCAGGAUUGGACCCUAUGCUUGUGCUGAAUGGAACUUUGGGGGUUUCCCUGUUUGGCUCAAAUAUGUUCCAGGUAUCAGUUUCAGAACAGAUAAUGGCCCUUUUAAGGCUGCAAUGCAAAAAUUUACCACAAAGAUUGUGAAUAUGAUGAAAGUGAACAAGUUGUACGAAUCUCAGGGUGGUCCAAUAAUUCUAUCACAGAUUGAGAAUGAGUAUGGACCCAUGGAGUAUGAACUUGGUGCUCCUGGUCGAGCUUAUUCGAAAUGGGCAGCUCAAAUGGCUGUGGGUCUUCGCACCGGAGUCCCAUGGGUCAUGUGCAAGCAAGAUGAUGCCCCUGACCCCAUUAUAAAUACUUGCAAUGGUUUCUACUGUGACUACUUCUCUCCAAAUAAGGCUUAUAAACCAAAGAUAUGGACUGAAGCUUGGACUGGCUGGUUUACCGAGUUUGGAGGUCCAGUUCCUUCUCGUCCAGCUGAAGAUUUGGCGUUUUCAGUUGCGAGGUUUAUACAGAAGGGCGGGUCUUUCAUUAAUUAUUAUAUGUAUCAUGGAGGGACAAACUUCGGCAGGACAGCUGGUGGCCCUUUUAUUACCACUAGCUAUGAUUAUGAUGCUCCUCUUGACGAAUUCGGGCUACUACGACAACCUAAAUGGGGCCAUUUGAAAGAUCUGCAUAGAGCAAUAAAGCUGUGUGAGCCAGCGCUAGUAUCUGGAGAUUCCACUGUGACGCCUCUUGGAAACUAUCAAGAGGCUCAUGUUUUUAAAUCAAAGUCUGGAGCUUGUGCUGCAUUCCUUGCAAACUACAACUCGCAUUCCUUUGCAAAAGUGGCUUUCCGGAAUAUGCAUUACAACCUGCCUCCUUGGUCUAUCAGCAUUCUUCCAGACUGCAAGAACACAGUUUAUAACACAGCAAGGGUUGGCGCUCAAAGUGCACAAAUGAAGAUGAGUCCUGUUCGUGGAGGAUUCUCUUGGCAGUCAUACAAUGAAGAGACAGCCUCUUACGAUGAAAAUUCAUUUACAAUGGUUGGGUUAUUGGAGCAGAUAAAUACCACCAGAGAUGCCUCUGAUUAUUUGUGGUACACGACAGAUGUCAAGAUUGACCGUAACGAAGGAUUUCUGAAGAGUGGGAAGUGGCCUGUACUUUCAGUUUUAUCUGCUGGCCAUGCUUUGCAUGUUUUCAUCAAUGGUCAACUGUCAGGAACUAUUUAUGGAAGUUUAGAAUACCCAAAACUAACAUUUAGUAAGGGUGUGAAUCUGCGAGCUGGUUUUAACAAGAUUACACUGCUAAGCAUUGCUCUGGGUCUACCGAAUAUUGGUCCACAUUUUGAAACAUGGAAUGCUGGUGUUCUUGGCCCUGUCUCACUGUACGGUCUCAAUGAGGGGAAGAGAGACUUGUCAUGGCAGAAAUGGACUUACAAGAUUGGUCUAAAAGGAGAAGCUCUGGGUCUUCAUUCACUCAGUGGGAGUUCUUCUGUUGAGUGGAUCGAAGGAUUGUCGGUGGCUCAAAAACAGCCACUGACAUGGUACAAGACUACUUUCAAUGCUCCAGCCGGAAAUGAACCUUUGGCUCUAGAUAUGAAUAGCAUGGGUAAAGGUCAGGUAUGGAUAAAUGGUGAAAGCAUCGGACGCUACUGGCCUGGCUACAAAGCAUCUGGUAGUUGUGGUGCAUGUAGUUAUGCCGGUUAUUUUAGUGAGAAGAAAUGCCUUAGCAAUUGUGGGGAGGCGUCUCAAAGAUGGUAUCACGUUCCUCGUUCCUGGCUUAAUCCGACGGGGAAUUUAUUGGUUGUGUUUGAAGAAUGGGGUGGAAAUCCAUCUGGUAUUUCCUUGGUGAAGAGAGAGGUACAAAGUGUAUGUGCUGAUAUUUAUGAGUGGCAGCCAACUCUUGUGAAUUGGCAGUUGCAGUCCUCUGGUAAAGUCAAUAAACCCCUGAGGCCUAAAGCCCACCUUUGGUGUGCCCCUGGUCAGAAAAUUUCAUCAAUUAAAUUUGCUAGUUUUGGAACACCAGAAGGGGUUUGUGGAAGCUACCGAGAGGGAAGCUGUCACGCCCAUCACUCCUAUGAUGCAUUUUACAAGUACUGCAUCGGGCAGCAGUCAUGCUCAGUAACUGUAGCACCUGCGAUGUUUGGAGGAGAUCCAUGUCCAAGUGUCAUGAAGAAACUCUCUGUAGAAGCCAUUUGCGGCUGAUGAUGCAGAGCAUUUGAUGACAAUGAACUUAUUUUUACACUUAAGUACAAAUUUUCGGAGAUCUUUUACAUUUUUAGCAAAUUUUAACACGUUCAAGAUCACCGCGACGAUUGGUUUUGGCUUUUGCUAGAGUGAAGGUUGUAGAAAUUUACAACACAACAUUUGGUGCAAAGCCCACAAAGAUUGUGAAGAUGAUUGUUGGAGAAGUAUUUAUGUAUAGAAACUAGCUGCUGUCUUCCAGAUCUUGGCCUGCGCAUAUCAGAAAAAGUUUGGAGGCACAGGGGGUUACUGGCACAUUGGGACCGACAAGCGAGUCCAUGUGCCUAAUCAUAGAACAUAUAAGCUCUUGGUUUUUAGUGAUUUUAAAAUGUUAUUUUCAGUGUAAAUCCCUCUCUUGGAAGCAAUUGAUUCGUCGCUUUGUCCUUGUAAGAAGGCUUUGAAAUUGGUGAUAAUUAUAUCAAGCUUAUGAAAUAUUGUCUUGGUUUA